AUGGGGUGCGGAGCCAGCAGGAAGGUCGUCCCUGAGCCUCCUGUGCUGGCCUGGCACAAGCAGAAGGGUCCUGGCCAAGGCAGCGCCUCAGGAGCAGAGCCAGGACCAGCAGCAGUGGCCGAGGCAGCUCAGAGGAUGCAGGUGGUCCAUUUUCGAGCCAAGUUCGACCCCCGGGUCCUGGCCAGAUAUGACAUCAAGGCUCUGAUUGGGCGAGGCAGCUUCAGCAAGGUUGUCAGGGUGGAACAGAAAGCCACCAAGAAGCCUUUUGCCAUAAAAGUGAUGGAAACCAGACUGAAGGAAGGCCGAGAGGCCUGUGAAUCGGAGCUCAGUGUCCUGAGGCGAGUCAGCCACCGCUACGUGGUCCAGCUCCUGGAGGUCUUCCAGGCCCCGAAUUGCACUUACCUGGUGAUGGAGCUGGCCACCGGAGGGGAGCUGUUCGAUCGACGCGCUGCUCAGAGAUCCUUCACGGAGCAGGAUGCCGUCAGAAUCCUCCAGAUGGUUGCUGAUGGGAUCCGGUAUUUGCACACGUUGAGAAUAACUCACAGGGACCUAAAGCCUGAAAACCUCUUAUACUAUCAUCCAGGAGCCGAGUCGAAAAUCUUAAUCACAGACUUCGGGUUGGCAAACUCCGGGAACAAAAGGGGCGACUGGUCCAUGACGACGCUCUGUGGGACACCCGAGUACAUCGCUCCUGAGGUUUUGCUGAGGAAGCCGUACACCAGUGCGGUGGACAUGUGGGCUCUUGGUGUGAUCACGUACGCUUUGCUUAGCGGAUUCCUGCCUUUUGAUGACGAAAGCCACACGAGGCUCUGUAGGAAGAUUCUCAGAGGAAAAUAUCACUACGUGGGAGAGCCUUGGCCAAAUGUUUCCCACUUGGCAAAGGACUUUAUAGACAAACUGCUCUUGCUGGACGCUGGUCAUCGCAUGUCUGCUGGCCAAGCCCUGGACCAUCCUUGGGUGCUCACCAGGGCGGCAGGGUCUUCCAUGAAGAAUCUCCAGAGGGCGAUUUCCAGGAACCUCAGACAGAAGGCCUCUCCCCACUCUCGGAGCCCCGCGUCUGCACAAUCUUCUAAGUCAUGCUGUUCUGACAAAUCGAAGCGUAAGUGGAGCAAGAGAAACUUAGGGGCAGAAGAAUCAUCACAAUCCGCACUUCUGUGA